AUGCAGUUGAUUCCCCAGACUCUGUACGCUACUGCUUCCGCUGUUCGGUUCGCGAUCUACGCUCUGGACGUCGUUCGCGACAGCGACGGAGCUCGAGCGCAUUCUCAGGCCGGCCAGGGUAAAAUCUGGGCCCGCCGCGCUCGUCCGCCGAUGCUCGGUGCGAUCAUUCAGCGCGCUCGUGAGUGGCGCGCACUCCCCGACUCGUCCCGCUGCACCGCGCAGACCGUGCCUAACUUCCCCACACAAACGCUCCAGCGAAUGCAAAUAGGCAACUUCGCGGGGUUCCGCGCGCUUCUCAACGAACGUGAACUGUGA